AUGCCACUGUAUUCGGGUAACUUUAAUCGUUAUCCACUUUCAAAAACAGCCACUGGUAAUGGCACUGGCGUCACCACAAACAAUAACAACAUGAACAGUACCAGUCCUCGUCUGUCUAGCUCCACCUCCAUCAUGUUGCCAGAUACCGGUAACACGGGUAACUCUAUUCACGUCACUCGUCAGUUAACCUAUGCACAGAAUUCACGUCAGUCCUCAUCCCCUCAUCAUCAUGCUCGUACCGCUGCUGCCAUGGCACGCUCCACACCCGUGUCCUCCACCGUUACCAUCACCGAUCCCAACAACCCUACUAGCAACAAAAUAUUCAACCGCAUCGAUGCCGUUAAUCUAUCGACCGUGGACGAUGAUAGUGGACAGGAAGGACAGAGCCAGACGUGGACAACACUUGACAUUGGUGGUAUGGGAUUAAAGCAAAUUUCCCCUACCUUGUGCUCUUACACUUUUUUAACUGUGCUUUACAUGAACCAUAACAAUCUGACUCAUCUCUCCAGCGACAUAUCCAAAUUGGUCCAUCUCAAAACAUUGGAUUGUUCUGGGAACAAAUUAUCCAGUUUACCUUCCGAAUUGGGCCUAUUGAGCAAUCUACGUGAUCUUUUGUUGUUCGAUAACAAUUUGUCCAAUUUACCCAGUGAAUUAGGUAUGCUUUAUCAACUCGAGAUGCUAGGUUUGGAAGGAAACCCGAUGCAGGCCGAUAUCAAGAACAUUUUGAUGAAGGAAGGUACACAAGCCGUUAUUGUUUCCUUGAGAGAAAAUGCACCCGUCGGUAUGCCUCCACCUCAUAGAGAAUGGAUCACCAUUGAAAACGAUACUUCUUCAGACGACAGUGACAAGUUUACGGUGCUGUCUUAUAAUAUUUUGUGUGAUAAAUAUGCAACCAGUCAGGUUUACGGCUAUACACCUUCGUGGGCAUUGAAUUGGGAUUAUCGUAAAGAACUCAUUAUAUCCGAAGUGCUGAAUUACAAUGCGGAUAUAGUGUGUUUACAGGAAGUGGCCAUGAAGCAAUACGAAGAAGCAUUGGGCGAUGCUUUCAAGGAACGUGGAGAUUAUGACGGUGUAUUUUUCCCUAAAUCACGCGCCAAGACGAUGGUGGAUAAGGAACGUAGGGCAGUGGAUGGUUGUGCGAUCUUUUACAAGGCAUCGAAAUAUGAUCUUAUUGAACAUCAUUUAUUGGAAUACAAUCAAAAAGCACUUCAGAGACCUGAUUUUAAAGCAAGUGACGAUAUUUAUAACCGAGUGAUGACAAAGGAUAAUGUGGCAGUGAUGAUUGUAUUAGAGAACAAGGAGACGUUGGCUCGUCUAUUGGUGGUAAAUUCACAUAUUCAUUGGCAUCCACAAGAUGCGGAUGUCAAGUUGGUCCAGACAGGCAUGUUGAUGGAUGAGCUUGAUAAGUUUGCAGCUAAACAUUUGAAACCUCCAUCGGGUUCACCUCAGGGACCCACGUAUUCGUCGACAAUGCAAUUACCUACGGUGAUUUGUGGUGAUUUUAAUUCAACACCUGAUUCAGGUGUGUAUGAGUUCCUUUCCAAGAGCGUGGUUCGACAGGAUCAUCCUGAUUUUGGUAACUACAUGUAUGGUAAUUAUACGACGGAAGGAUUAUCUCAUCGAUUGGCGCUCAAGAGUACGUAUAGUCCAGUGGGAGAAUUAGAUAUGACAAAUUAUACACCUGGAUAUAAGGGUACUUUGGAUUAUAUCUGGUAUACCAAUAACACAAUGGAUGUCAUGUCGUUACUAGGUGGCAUCAGUCAAGAAUACCUCGAUAAGGUCGUAGGCUUCCCUAACCCUCACUUUCCUUCAGAUCAUAUCCCAUUAAUGGCAGAACUUCGACUUAAAUCUCCACGUCGUGAAAAGAAUGAGGAACCAAAUUUUGGUUUUACAUCUAGACGAUAA